CAACACGUCAGGAUAACACACACACACUCACACAGAGAGACGCCAGCUCAGAUUCCAAAAACAUCAAGAUGUCCAAUACUGGAGGCCGGAGGCUGAAGCAGUGGCUGGUGGAGCAGAUCCACAGUGGUCAGUACUUUGGGCUACAGUGGGAGGACGACAGCCACACUAUGUUCCGGAUCCCAUGGAAACAUGCCGGGAAACAGGAUUACAACCAAGAAGUGGACGCAUCCAUCUUCAAGGCCUGGGCUGUGUUUAAAGGCAAGUUUAAGGAGGGCGACAAGGCCGAGCCUGCAACAUGGAAGACCAGACUCCGCUGUGCGCUCAACAAAAGUCCUGACUUUGAGGAGGUGACAGAAAGGUCUCAGCUCGACAUCUCCGAGCCUUAUAAAGUUUACCGCAUCGUACCCGAGGAAGAGCAGAAGCAAGGUAAAAACUCGGUGAUGGCCAUGGCAGCUCCCACGAGCUCUGGUGAUCUGACUGACUGCAGCCCUGCAGAAAUAGAGGAGCUCAUAAAAGAGGACGAAGGCUGUAACAUCCAGGCCAGUCCAGAGUACUGGUCCCAAGGCAGCAUCAAUGCUUUCCCACUGCACCAGGACCCUUUGCCACCGAGUAUUGUCAGCUCAGCGUUCUCCCAAAUGAUGAUCAGUUUCUACUAUGGAGGGAAACCGAUGCAGAACACACUGGUAACUCACCCCGAAGGCUGCAGGAUCUCUCCACAGCAGCACCUGGGCCGCGGCAGCCUCUACAGUUCAGACAGCAUGCAGAAUGUUCACUUUCCCCCUGCUGAGCACAUCGAGUACGACCGGCAGCGCCACGUGACAUGCAAGCUCCUGGGCCACGUGGAGAGAGGUGUGCUGGUCCGUUCCAACCAAGAGGGCAUCUUCAUCAAGAGGCUGUGCCAGAGCCGAGUCUUCUGGAGCGGGCUGGGAGAGGUGGGCUCGCCGUACAGCUCAGUGCCCUGUAAACUCGAGAGGGAUGCUGUAGUCAAGAUAUUCGACACAGGAAGGUUUCUUCAAGCUGUACAGCUGUACCAGGAGGGUCAGAUUCCUGCUCCUGAUCCGACAGUGACUCUGUGUUUUGGAGAAGAGCUCCACAAUCUCAACAAUGCCAAAAGCAAACUGCUCAUUGUGCAGAUCACUGCGGUGAACUGCCAGCACCUGCUGGAGGCCGUGAACAUGCGUCGCCCACAGCCUUACUGCAACAACCCAAACCUGGACCUGUCUGAUGCUGCGACCAAUGAGCAAAUGGCUCACAUCUAUCAGGACCUGUGCAGCUACAGUGGACCCCAGAGACCGGCCUGCUACAACAGGGAGAACAUGCCAAUCACUGCCUGAGCUGUGAGCAGUCACACGCCUGACUGGAGCUCUUCAGCAUGUACCAGGCAAAAUCCAUCACAUGUUAGGGACAGUUAUUGUUUUCCUGACAGUGCAAGUGACAAGUGCGGCAAAGCUCAAUAUUAGGAUGUCCCUAAUAUAAGUAUAGAAGUAAGGUUGAUAUUUGUACAGUCUUCAGAAAUUACACAAAACUCACCUGCUGGAUUAAUUCAACAGAUUCAUUUUGUCGAUUGUAUUAAGAAAUCUUUGAUAUCUUUUACUGAAAGCCUCAAAACAAUCGUAUGUUCUCUAAACAGCAUUUUAAUGUCAACUCAUGUCAUUAUCCUUUUUGCUGUUUUCGCAGCUGAGUCAUGUCCUCUAUGGUGCAACCAUUUGGAUGAACCGAACAAAUGGACAUUUGUGUCUGAUAUUUUUCUAUUUUCAUUUUUUAAGUAGAUAAUAAAUCUUUAUGUACAUUGAUAAAAAACUGCAAAGCAUUUUAGAUGCAAUGUGAGAUCAUAUUGAGGAUAGGUUUUACUAUCUGACUGUUUUAUGUGAUCCUAAUUUUACUUUAUUUUUUAUGAACUCCAUUUCAAAUUAAACAGUUUUUAUUGAACUGAA